AUGUCUGGCGAGUUGCAGACUAUACCGGCUAGACAUGGUGUUGCUACCUUUGUGCCAAGGGGUAGGACGAUCAAGAUAAUCAAUACGUAUGGGAAGCAGGUAGUUAGCUUAUGGGCUUUUGCGUUAGGGGCGCCGCCGGAAGGAGAAGAGGUGGAUGCGGGGGUGGAGGAGGAGUUGGAGGAGAAAAGGAAGGAAGUGGAGAGUGAGAUUCGUAAGGGAGAGGAAAAGACGGGAAAAUCGGAGUCUGCAAGCAGGAAAGCCUCAGAGACAGUAGAAGAUUCCGACCAAGAUGCAAAGGAACAGAGCAAAAAAACAGAAAAAGUGCCAGAAGAAGCUGAAGGUACUGGAGAGGCUGAAGAUCCCCCUGAGGUAGCGCCGAAAGACGGGACAACUGAAUCCGAAAAGAAGGCGACCGGGAAACGGACUUGGUCUUCUUACCUCCCUUCGAUACCCUACCGUUCCACGGUAGCCCAGGCCAAAACUGGAGCGGUCACUGGGUCCAAAGCGGAGGAGUCUCAGAAGGAGGCCGCUACGAAGAAGUGGUCUUCGUAUCUACCUACCGGCCAGAGUUUCUCCAGUUAUGUGCCCAACGUACAGCUACCCGACUCAAAGGAAGUGAUUAGCGCUUUCAAAGCUAGUGUUCAGCGUGACCCAAACAAGAGCUAUGCCGAGCAAUUUUAUGAUUUCUCGCGGACGCCAGUAGGUGCGGCGACCUUAGCAGCUGCCUCGGGCAGUGGAACCGCGUCCUCCCUCUACGCUGCCUACAAUGCCUUCACGAAAAUGAACCCGUCCAAGUCGGAUCAGCCGCCGAUGGAGUACCUUUCACUGCCACACACACGUGCAGCAACCCACCAUCUCGCCCCGGAGGUAGACGAUACACUGCUUACCAAUCUCCGUUCUCCUAUCAUGACUCUCGUCGAAGAUACCACCCCCGGUGCGCACGACACAUUGACCGCUGCAUGCGACGUCAGCCUGUAUGCCGCACUUGGCGUUGAUAAGCCGGAAGAGCAUGGCAGCUGCGCCGAAAACCUGGUACUAGCGUUGAAAGAACUGAACGAGAAGGUUGGUCUGAAAGGCACAAAGGCUGUGGGCGCCGAUAUCACCGUCUACAUCCAACCGUCACCUCUUCACCUCUUCAUGAACGCACCCAUCGAGGUCGUCCCGAAUGCGCAAUCUGACGGAUCAUGUGCCCAUGGUAUGAAGCUCAAGGUUGAGGAGCCCAAAGGCAGAAAGCGGACAUAUGUUCGUUUCCGUGCUGAACGGGAUGUCGUUAUUGUGAUGAGCGCUUGUCCCAUGGAUGUUGGACCGCAGAAUGGUGCGAGGCCGAUGGCUGCGAACUUUGUAGUGGAGGAGAUGACGGAAGAGGAAAUGGCUUCGUCUGUAAGUUCGCUGAAGAACAGAGCCACACAAAGGACAGCUCAAAAGGUGUCGCCACGUCCAAAGAAGGAAGAAGAGAGACCGAAGCCUGUCACCAAAAUGGGAGAUACGGAGAAGGAAACCAUCGAAGCUGCGAGAAGGGACAGCGGGACUGAUCUUGCGCAAAGUGACGCUCGGGAGGUAGUGGACUCGAAAUUGGACAGUACAACUGAGAAGUCCGCGAAGCAGAAGAGAAAACCGAGGAAAUUGGAGAGGCGUUCUGGGAGUAUUGCAGGUCCGCCUGCAAAAACUGCUACUUGUUAG